AGCUCGGCGAUAUAUCUCGUCGAAUUUAUUCUUCAAUUUCCUCACUUCCUCUUCCAACCACUUAUUCUCGUGCUUCAUCUCAUAAAACGGACUCUUCUUUGGACGAACUCUGCCAGAUAAGUAUUGCAAUCAUGGCGGAACACAACAUUGUUGUCUUUGCGGGCGACCACUGUGGCCCAGAGGUUAUUGCCGAGGCAAUUAAAGUAUGAGUCUAGUACUUGCGACCUGCAGUUGAGCACGUCUGACGCAGGAUUUAGGUUAUUAAGGCAGUUGAGGACAUCAGCCCGACUGCUGGCAAAUUCAAUUUGGAGCACCUGCUGCUCGGAGGGGUAAGUCGUCCCCCGACGACGGAUUACACGGGCACAAAGACACCCACGAGAGAAGUCUCUUGCUGAUCUCUGCGUUUCUCCCCAGUGCUCUAUCGACAAGACCGGCACCCCUCUUACAGACGAGGCCCUCGCCGCCGCCAAAGCCUCCGACGCUGUGCUUCUCGGCGCCAUUGGCGGCCCUGAAUGGGGCACUGGCGCCGUUCGCCCGGAGCAGGGCCUUCUAAAGCUACGCAGUGAGAUGUGCGCCUAUGGAAACCUCCGUCCCUGUUUCUUCGCGUCCGACGCCCUUGUCGAGACGUCCCCCCUAAAGGCGUCUGUCUGCCGUGGCGUCGACAUGAUGCUAGUCCGGGAAUUAACCUCAGGCUUGUAUUUCGGAGAGCGGAAAGAGUACGAUGGAGUCAAUGCGUUCGACACUACUGUUUAUACGAAACCAGAAAUCGAGCGUAUCGCGCGGCUGGGCGGCUACCUAGCCAGGACUAGGGGAGACUCGCGGGUCAUCUCGCUAGAUAAGGCAAAUGUGUUGGCGACAAGCAGACUAUGGCGUUCUGUGGUUGACGAGGUUUAUAAAAACGAGUUCCCUGAUCUGAAGGUUGAGCAUCAGCUCAUUGACAGCGCGGCCAUGAUCAUGGUCAAGAACCCGACGCAGCUAAAUGGCGUUAUGAUAGCGCCAAACUUGGCAGGGGAUAUUCUCAGCGACGAGGCGAGCGCUAUAACUGGCAGCAUAGGGCUCCUCCCGAGCGCGAGUCUCUGCGGGGUUCCGGAAGUAGGCUCUAAAGUGCUUUCUAUCUAUGAACCUAUUCAUGGUAGCGCACCGGACAUAUCAGGGAAAGGGAUUGUCAAUCCCAUUGGCACCAUCCUUUCCGUGGCUAUGAUGUUCCGGUACUCUCUGAAUCUUGCCCACGAGGCCAAACUCGUUGAGGACGCGGUUCGCGCUGCCAUCGACGGCGGGCUAAGAACCAAGGAUAUGGGCGGCAGCACAGGCACCGCUGAAGCAGGAGAUGCCAUCGUUGCUGAGCUGGUCAAGACUCUCAAGGCAUGAGAUAUCUCACGCCUUAAUGAGAAUAGACAAAGAGGUGGAAAGGAGGAAAUAGAGGUGGAGGGGUGGAAGUUAUAAAAAAAAGAUAGCUGCUGGGAAGCGUGAGUCAACAACAGGAGUGGUGGGACAAAACAGUGGUUGACAGGAAAAGGGUUCAGAAGAGACUAUUUGUUUACUGGCGAAGAAAUAAAAAGAGCGCAGUUAAUAAUAGUCAAGCUAGACGCAGCUUUGUCAUUACAAAAGAGAGACCCUAAACAUACAGAUAUGAGGUACCGUCAGGCUCGCUAUCAGUAACCUAUCUGCUACAAGUAGCGCCGGG